AUGAGACCAUUUUCAGCCACUAAUAAAAAAAAACCUGGAGAAGUAAUUCAUCAUCAUCCGUUAUUUGUGAAGGAUACAUCUAAAUACUGGUACAAACCAACAAUAUCGAGGGAGGAAGCCAUAAAUAUGUUGCGAGACAAGCCACCUGGCACGUUUGUGGUACGUGACAGUAACAGUUUUCCGGGAGCAUUUGGUUUAGCCUUGAAAGUAGUAACACCGCCACCUGGCGUACAUCCCGGUGAUGGUACCGAAUUGGUGCGUCAUUUCUUGAUCGAGCCAUCUCCAAAAGGUGUAAAGUUGAAAGGUUGCAAUAAUGAGCCUAUAUUUGGUACCCUAUCAGCACUUGUUUAUCAACAUUCAAUCACACCACUUGCACUACCAACCAGGUUACUGUUACCGGAUUACGAUCCAGCCAGCACACCGGAACAUAUCUCAGCUGCGCAAGCGCUUCUGCAACAAGGGGCCGCAUGUAAUGUAUCAUACAUCGUUUCACUGGAUACGGAAUCGUUGACCGGUCCCGAAGCUAUCCGACGAUGUGUAGAUGAAGCAUUUCGAUUGCUCAAGCAGAAAUUGUUGCAGCCAGUUUCGGUGCACUUCAAGGUAUCAUCGCAAGGAGUGACCAUAACAGAUAACACUAGGCAACUUUUCUUUAGAAGGCACUAUCCUGUACAGUCGGUUACACAUGCUGGUUUGGAUCCUUCUGAUCGAAGAUGGGAUAAUACGAAUCUGGAAGGUAAUAUUACAAAAUUUGUGAAAAGUGCUCGAAUGUUUGGAUUUGUUGCUCGGAAAAUCGGCUCAAGGACUGAUAACGCAUGUCAUAUCUUUGCUGAGUUAGAACCUGAACAGCCCGCUACUGCAGUUGUGAACUUUAUCACAAAAGUAAUGAUGGGACGUAGAUAA